CUGCUUUGUUUCUGCUCGGACGUUUUACGGAAACGGACCGAAGCAACAUGACAGCUGAGGAAGACCUGGAUGUGACCGCGGGAGCAGAACGAGAUGAAGAGGCCAAACUGCAGGUGUUAAAAGGUGCAGCAUUUCUGACUACGGUGGCGUCCGCAGGGAUGAUCGCAGGAUUCGGCUCCACAUUGGCGCUCGCCAAGAAGAAAAGCCCGGAGUGGUUCAACAAGGGCGUCACAGCGACGGCAGCAGUCCCGGAGAGCGGCGCAUCUCUGGCCCUCAGAGCUCUGGGGUGGGGCUCGCUGUUCGCCUGGUGUGGAGUAGGCCUGCUCGGCUUCAGCGUGUGGAAAGUCCUCGGCGUUCACAGCCUCCCAGAGUUCAGACAGAAGAUGCAGUCCUUCUUCCCGUCCAUCCCAAAGAGCGACAUAGCUGGAUCUGAACCUCUGGACUGGGAUGCAGUCUUCAAGUCGAAGUGACUCAAAUCAUCAGUGGGGUGAAAUCGAACGUGUACGCCGGCGUUUCUCAGACACCUGGCAGCUUUUUGUUUUUUUCUGGAAGCAGUGGAGGAGCCGAAUGAACCUACGAACCACUUUGAUCCCAGUUUGGUUCUAAUUUGGUUCCAGCUUGUCAAAAAUGGAUCAGCUGUAAGACGAACAGACUGAGUUCUGAUUACUUUUCCCCACCGAUGGAAGCAGUUCUAGUAAAGACCAUGGAAAUGAUAUUUUUCUCUGAAUGUGAUUCUAUAAUUUCAUUCUGAGUUGCUGCUUUCUUUGUGCUUUCUGCUGCUGGCAGUGUUCAAAGCUGUGAGAUGAAUGUAAAGAAGGUAGAACAUUUCUGAAAAUACUGUGUGAAAGGAUCAAAAUCAGGAAUAAGAGGUUGAGAAAAAGUUCAGUGGAGUUGAAAUAUUUAAGGAAAAGAUAAAUGCAGUUAAUAUUGAGCAGCUGCAGUCAGUUAUUCUUUUACAACAGAAAUCACUAAUGAAAUGUGCUCUUUGCACCUUUUUCUUUAUGUAUCGCUCUGAUGCCUCAACUAAUUUCUAUUCAAAGUACUCAGGAUGUUGACAGCGUCAAUCAGCACGCUAAGGUUAGCUUAGCAUACACAGCAUGUAUCUGACAGCAGCAGCUUCAUCACAUCCAAGUUAUCUGUUUCUUUGUCAUGCUGGUACUCCAGUAUACAGUUUGUACAUGCUGCAUUCUCAGCUGCUGUAUGAAUUUAUAACGUCUGCGUAGCCAUGGAUAUCUGUUUUUCUAAUAAAAGUAGAGGUCCCAGCACAGAGCCAAGGGGAACUCCACAGCUAACUUUUGUGGCUCCUUGUUCAACAAACUAAAAUCUAUCAGAUGUACUGGUGUAAUGUGGUUCUUUUAGGUCCUACAUGAAAGUCAGCACCAAAUUAAGGCCAAAGUAAACAAGCUCAGAGCUGCGCUCACAGUGCUCAACCAGAGUUCAUGUACAUUUAUUCUUUAACAUGUCGUGGAACAUAUAAAGAUCUCAUACUGAAGAAACAGCAUCUGUCAAAUCAAACAGGAGACGUUCUGGAUGUAGAGAUUUUCUUUUUUUCCUCUCUCUUUACAUUUCUUAUAACUGUUUUGAUGUCAGCAACAUGAUAUAAGUACAGUUCUGCCUGCCCUGCCCCAACUGACCCCCGUACCUCCUGUACAUACAGUCUCUCAAAUCAAACACACCCUGUCAGAUCAGACCCCAAUAAACAUCCUGAAGAUGAGUUUUUUUGUCCUUAAAUACAGAAACUCGAAUGUUCAGAGUUGUGAUUAUAAAUUCAUAGAGAGUCGGGACGCCAUCUUCUGGAGCUCAAUGCACAUCAACUAUUUACAGGAGGAGGAUGACGGUGGAGGGAUCUGAUUGGUGGACAAAACAAAGUUCUUAAAAACCCAUUGGCUGAUACUGCUGUGGUUCGGCAAAAAUACUGAUGGUCAAACGGCAGAUGGUCAAAUAAUUCACAUAAAAAAAAAAAAACGCCCAAGCAAACAUAUUGCACCAGAACAAAGUA